UACACUCACUGUCAGAGAGGGCCCUGAUUUACUCUUCCUUUCUGUCUCAGCACACAGUCUAAACUCCCCUCCAGAAGUGACAAUUAAACAUGAUGCGACCUAAGGACCUGCGCCAGGGCUCUGGCACCAAGACCUUCCUGGAUGCCAUGCACGAUGGCAAAGUGCACCUGGCACGCUUCGUCCUUGACGCCCUGGACAACCGCAUCAUCAACUCCAAGACGGAAAACGGCCGCACCCCUCUGAUGUUUGCCGUUUGUCUGCGGGACCCUGGCGGCAGGGUGAAGUUUACCCGCCUGCUGGUGGAGAAAGGCGCAGACGUGAACUGUCAAGACGAGCGCGGGCGAACCUCCCUGAGUCUGGCCUGUGAGCUGGGCCACCUGGACGCGGUCAAACUCCUGGUGCAGUUCAACGCCGACCCUGAUGUAUCCGAUGCCUGGGGCAACAGUGCCCUGAUGUACGCCGCCUACAGUGGCCACAGCCAGGUGCUGGAGUUCCUGGUCAGGGCUUUUAAAAAGUUAGGCCUGAAGCUGGACCGCACCAACCAGGCGGGUCAUUCUGCAAUCCAGGUGGCCAGUUACUUUGGGCACGACCAGUGUGUCCAGGCUUUAAACUCUGGGAGAAGAGGGGUGAUUUCAGACGACAUACCGGGGGAGGUCGGGAUCGGGAAGGAAGCCGGGAUGGAGAGCCAUCCCCCCAACAAGCUCCCCAGGCAGAUUCUGGAGAGGUUCUCCAGACAGUUCCACAGCCAGGAUGAAGACCACCUGCCUGGCGUAUUCCAGAGGCAGCUGAGGGUUGGGGAUGGCAGCGGGCUGUGGGAGCGAAUCAGAUCCCAGAAUCAAUCCCUAGAUCGAAACGGCAAUCACCUAGAGAGGGCCCGAUCUGAAGAAGAAAAGGAUGACAUAUUCACAGCCAAACAGAGACAGAACUGUAAGCAAAGGGACACGAGGGGGGUUAAAACACUGAGCCAUCACCCAGAGUCAAGCCAGAAAGACGUCAGCAGAAACAGAGGAAUGAAACAGGAUGUGCCAGAGAGUAUUCCACUCCGGAGCAAAGCAAAGCCACUUAACCUAGACCUCCUGAGCAGCAGAAAGCAGUCCUAUCAGGGCGAUGUGCGUGACACAAGCCUAUCAAGCAGUAAAUUAAAGAGAGCUUCGCUGCAGGACGAGAGAUCCCUGAUUGCCAAGAUUGAAUAUCAAGAGAGCACCUGUGAGGUGACAAAUGACACUGUCAAAAGUGUCCUUGCGCCAAAAGCACUUUCAAAAGGGAAAAGUAAAUCGCCAAGAGCACCUGAGGAUUCCACCAGGCCACCAAAAAAUGAAAAUAAUGAAGUUUCCCAAUCAAGCAGGGGAGGGAGUCUGAAGCGCGGUCUUCUGCCGCCGAACGGGCGACUCAAUAAACUACUCUCUCACAGAACCGAAAUGGAGCCGGACAAAAUUCCAGGGUUCAGCGGGCUAGGGAACCGAUUGAUGCGGCGAUUCACCGCCCCCGAGUUCAUGAGACUGGUCAUUGACUGUACUGGUUCUUCACACGGCAGAGGGAGAAUGUCCCGGUCCGAGACAUUCCCCUUUUCACACACCCACCAGAGGGUCAACAGUCAGCCGAGUGUGGACAGCAUUAGCGGGGUCAAGUGUGAGUUUGAAAGCAGUUCCCUCAGUGUCUCUCUCCAGUAAGUUGUACCCUUCGGCGAAUAGGUGGCAGCUGUUUUUUUUAAAAGAACGCAAACACAUUUAAGCAAGCAGAGUGGUAGAAUAUCAAAUGUUUUCUUAGAUUUAAAAAAGGAAUAAUAGGUUAACUUGUAAUUCCUGAUUGGUUAACUUGUCUAAUGAUUUUAGCUUUUGUCUGUGGAUUUUGUCAUGUGUAGAAAUACAGCAUACGCAGAAAUUGCAGUCUAAGCCUAUGUUGCUUUUAUUGAACAAAAUAAUGUAAUGAUAUUAAUAAAAUCUGUACAUUCUGUUGAUCGUGUUUGGUCGAUUAUGCUGUUAUUAUGCUUAGGCAAUGCUGUAUUAUGUUGUAGUUGUUAAAAAUAUUUCAAAAUGUGACAGAGUUUUCAUUUCUGCGUUUAAUACAUUGUGUGUGUGUCGG